AUGAAUACCGGAAGCUCUAGCCAGAACCCACACCACGGCAUGGAAAUAAACCAAGUGGCCCUCAGGGAAGGACUGGAAUCAGAAGAAAGUGAUGCCCGGCAUUCAGCACAUGGCAGCACAGGGAGUAGGAGGUCCAGGACCGGUUCCAGAAGGAUGAACCUGAUACAGGAAUCUGUGUUACGACAAGAGGUCACAACACAAAGGAGCCAGGAUACUCUAAAUAAUAUGACAGCCAUGAUGCAAUGGCAGGUCAACAGGCAAUUCAGGAAGGAUCGAGAGGCUGCCAUGGCCAGAAUCCCCAAUCCCGAUGAGGUGGUCCAGCAACUAGACCUUCCCUAUGGUCCCCCACCAGGAUUGGCAUGGCCAUAUCAAGAGAAUCCUCUUGUUGCACAGAUAGCUGGGAUACCAGAACGAGGGGGAAUCCAGGCUGGACACGGGGAAGUGGCUUUUCCUAUCCAAGAACGUCUAGCCCCAAUACGGCCAGAAGGUCCUGCGCCAGGACAAGUUCCACAGAAUCAGCAAGAGCCUCAGCCUGCUCCGCAACAAGCGGCCCCACAAGAUCACCCUAUGGAAAUUCUGCCUGAACAGCCAGCAGUGGUACCCUACAGGCCCAGAAGGAUGGACCCCAAUCCAUUCCCUCCACCUGCAAGAGGAAGGAGAGGCAGAGGGGGAAAUUACCCUUAUGCUAAUAACGACAGGAACAGGCAGGGGGCAAACUGGAGGAACCACCCAGGCCUGGAGGAGCCGGAGGAGCACAGGGAAGAAGUUCUGCCUAGACCAUAUAGGGCAGAACCACGAUUCAAUCAUGCCCAGCCAGAACAGGGACAAAACCUCCUCCCUGUUAAUGCUCUAAAUGACGUGGGGGCAUUGCAGAGGAUGAUCAGGGAAAUGAUGGAGCCUGAGGCCAGGAGGGGGGAAAGGCCCACCUAUAGGAAGCCAUAUCCACCUUACAUUGAUCAGAUACCCUUGUCCCCAGGCUUUAAAGUACCAAACUUCACUUUAUUCAACGGAGAGGAUCCUCAUGCUUCAUCAGUUGAGCACGUAGGCAGAUUUUCUACCCAAUGCAUAGCCAUAGAGAAUAACCCACUGCUAAAGCUAAGGCUUUUUGGGAAUUCUCUCUCUGGACAAGCUUUCACUUGGUACACCAAUCUGCCAGCAAAUUCAUUCAGACAUGGGAGCAAAUGGAGAGCGUCUUCCAUGACUACUAUUACAGGAUCCAGCCAGAAGUCACCAUCAGUGACCUUGCAGCUCUCAAACAGAGUGAAGAUGAACCUGCCCAAGACUUUAUAA